CUAACUUGCCGGCGAUCAAUUUAAAGUAUACAGUUGUCGCUUGCUAGUUAGCUACUAAUUUAAUAGUAGCCAACUAAUGUUACCUACAAUCCGAAAUAUAACCGGAUAGGUUUUGUAGCAAUUGCGGAACUUUACGCCAUAAGAUGUCUGUUGUUCAUAAGAAAGGAAGCGUUAUAUUUUCCGGAUUUAGGGCUCUAGGACUUUAUUCCAACCACCUUUCACACGUGGUACGAUACCAUAAGAAACAUCAAGAGUUCUACAUUGUAACGGCUGUGGGAAAAUGUUUUCAUACGUAUAAUGUCAAGAAACUGGGGAUCGUUGCUGUCAGCAAUGCACUUCCUGAAGACAUCACAUGCCUGGCUGCAGAUCGAAUGUUGGUGUUUGCUGCACAUGGGACUCAAGUAACUGCAUUUGCAAAGAACAAAGAGGUUGUGCACACCUACGUUGGCCAUGGAGCAGAUGUUCAUCUCUUGCUACCAUUUGGGGAUCACGUGAUCUCAGUGGACCGGGACAACAUUGUUUUCAUUAGGGAUAUUGAGUCUGAAGAGGAGUACUUGCAGUUAAUGUUUGACAAAGCAUCAUUUGAAGUCUCUGCCAUAAUGCAUCCAAGCACCUACCUUAACAAAAUCCUGCUGGGCAGCUGCCAAGGGGGUCUUCAGCUGUGGAACAUCAAAUCAAACAAACUCUUGUACACCUUCGCCGGAUGGGGGUCAGGUGUUACAGUACUGCAACAGACCCCAGCUGUGGAUGUGGUGGGUGUUGGAUUAAUCUCUGGCCAAAUUGUGAUACACAACAUCAAAUAUGAUGAGUCACUGAUGAAAUUCCAGCAAGACUGGGGUCCCAUCACAGCCAUAUCCUUCCGCACAGAUGGCCAUCCGGUAAUGGCUGCUGGUAGCCCUCUCGGACACAUUGGACUGUGGGACUUGGAAGAUAAGAAGUUGAUUGGUCAGAUGAGAGAUGCCCACAGCACAGCUAUCGCCGGGCUGACCUUCCUGCAUGCAGAGCCACUCCUCAUCACCAAUGGGGCUGAUAAUGCCAUUCGGGUGUGGAUAUUCGAUGCCCCAGGUGGUGGUGGGCGUUUACUUCGGUGCCGACUAGGACACAGUGCCCCGCCCACAAAGAUCCGCCACCAUGGCCAGAACGGACAGCAGAUUCUCAGUGCUGGUCAAGAUGGAACACUGCAGUCUUUUUCCACUGUUCACGAGCGAUUCAAUAAAAGUUUGGGGCACGGUUCCAUCAACAAGAAGAAGUCCAAAAAGAAGGGACUGAAGUAUGACUCAAUGAAGCUUCCUGCCAUCACCACCUUUGCCUCAGAAACUGCCCGUCAGAGUGACUGGGAUGGCAUCAUUUCUUGUCACCGUGGUUACCUCACUGCCACCACCUGGAAUUACCAGAAGACUUCCAUGGGUGCCCACAAGCUGGAACCAGAACGCUUCAACAAGAACCGCGCACUAAACAUUCACGCUACGGCUGUGGAUAUCACAUCAUGUGGAAACUUUGUAGUCAUUGCACUCUCAUCAGGACACAUGGAUGUGUACAACAUGCAGUCUGGCCUGCACAGAGGUCAAUAUGGCCUGGACAAAGCCCACGAGGGGCCAGUGCGUGGCGUUGCUGUGGACGGCCUCAACCAGCUAACCGUCAGCGCUGGAGCCGACAAACUGGUCAAAAUAUGGAAGUUCAAGUCCAAGGAGCUGGUCCACACAGCUGCCCUGAGUACUUCGCCUUCUGCUACCCUCCUCCACAGGGACAGCGGAAUGCUGGCCCUUUCUUUGGAUGACUUCAUGCUCAACGUCAUGGACAUGGAGACGAGGAGGAUUGUUCGGAAGUUCUCCGGUCACCGUGGUCAGAUCAACGAUAUGGCUUUCAGUCCAGAUGGGCGCUGGUUGAUAACUGCCGCUAUGGACUGUACCAUCAGAACAUGGGACCUCCCCACCGGCUGUCUGGUGGACUGCUUCUUGGUAGAUGCCGCCGCCGUGAGUGUCACCAUGUCGCCCACGGGGGAUUUUCUGGCCACGGCACAUGUCGACAGUCUGGGAAUAUACUUAUGGUCCAACAACACCCUUUGCAGCAUGGUGUCUCUCCGCCCCCUGCCCUCGGAUUAUGAGCCCACUGUGGUCAUGCUGCCCGGAUCCUGCCCCGCCCCAGAUGCGGAUGAUGAGGACGAUGACACCCCCAGUGAUGACAUGAUUGAGUAUGUGUCACCGGAACAACUGGAUGAACAUUUGGUGACACUGUCUCUGCUGCCAGAUUCCAGAUGGAAGAACUUACUUCACCUGGACAUCAUUAAGAAACGGAACAAGCCGAAGGAGCCCCCCAAAGUGCCAAAGGCCGCCCCUUUCUUCAUCCCCACCAUACCAGGCCUGGUGCCACAGUUCGCCCCAUCACACGGCCCCAGCACAGAGGACCAGUCAAAAGUUGUCAAUUUUGGAGUAUUGGCACAAAAAUCCAGUUUCUAUGUCACACUUGAGGAGGCCUGGGUCAGCAACAACUAUGAGGGCCCCGUGCGGCUCCUGAAGGAGUUGGGCCCCUCAGCCAUUGACACAGAGCUGAGAGGCCUGGCCCCUGAUGGGGGCGGGACGCUGGAUGUGAUGCAGAGCUUUCUGAGGAUGGUGGGCAGCAUGCUGGACUCUAAGAGGGACUUUGACCUGGCACAGGCCUACCUGGCCCUCUUCCUCAAGCUCCACCUCCGGCUGAUAUCACAGGAGCCAGUGCUCAUGGAACAAGUGCGGAGCGUGUCUGAGAAACUGGAACAAACGUGGACCAACCUGCAGACGCUUUUCAAUCAGAGUCUGUGCUUGCUGGCGUACACAAAAAGUGCAUUAUUAUGAAACUGUCUCAUUUGUCAAAUGUCUCAUUUGCCCUGUUUGAUCUGGCAGUAGUGUUAUGGUGGCAGGUGUCAACAAGGUAUGGUAUGAUAAUCAUGCCAAAUCACCAAAUCAGAAUCAUACAUGUGUGUUUGUUGUAAUCACAAAA